AUGAGUUUCGGAGCUCCCGGCGGUGCCGCUGCAAACUUCAAACCUACUCCACCGGAGCGAGGCAGUUUCCCACUUGACCACGAUGGCGAAUGCAAACAUCUCAUACAGAACUAUCUGAAGUGUCUCAAAUCGCAAGGAGGCGUUAAUAAUGAGGAUUGUCGGAAACUUGCCAAGGGUUAUUUGGGUUGUCGCAUGGACAAAAAUCUUAUGGCACCCGAUGAGUUUGAGAAUCUCGGCCUCGAGUUCAAGGAAAAAUCUACAGGGGACGAUACGACGGUUAAAAAGACGUGAUACUAUACAUAUACACCU